AUAACUACCAACAAAGGGUCCCAGGACAGAAAAAUGAUGGUCUGGGACACAUACAAGAAUGAUACCUACUACAGAAGUUGAAAUCUUACAAUUCCUUUAUCAAUUUAAGUGAGUAAUUCACUUUUACAUAGUAUAUAAAUAUUCAUCUUUGGUUUGUUUUUGAUAACAUUAUUUAUAAUUAGAUUAAUACAAAAAAUAUAGUUGUUGCUUCAGAGUUUCAUCUUGGAACUCUGUAUUUUUAAUCCAGCAUGUCAAACUUCCAGAAUAUCACAUCUACGUCCAUCACUUUCCUGCUAACUGGUGUUCCUGGGCUGGAAGUCUUCCACACCUGGAUCUCCAUUCCUUUCUGCUUUCUCUACAUAACCGCCCUCUCAGGAAAUAGCCUGAUUCUCUUUGCCAUUGUCACUCAGCCCAGCCUCCACGAACCCAUGUAUUAUUUCCUCUCCAUGCUGUCCACCACUGACCUCGGCCUGUCCAUAUCUACCCUGGUCACCAUGUUGGGUAUAUUCUGGUUUGAUGCCAGGGAGAUCAGCUUUAAUGCCUUCUUGUCACAGAUGUUCUAUAUUAAACUCUUCACUGUCAUGGAAUCUUCAGUGUUGUUGGCCAUGACCUUUGAUCGUUUUGUGGCCAUCUCUAAUCCACUCAGGUAUGCCACCAUUUUAACUGAUUCCAGAAUAGCUCAAAGUGGAGUGGCAACUGUCAUCAGGGGGACACUAAUGCUAACACCAAUGGUAGCACUUCUUAAAAGACUGUCCUUCUGCCACAGCCAUGUGCUCCACCACUCCUACUGCUUCCACCCUGAUGUAAUGAAGCUCUCGUGCACAGACACUAGGAUCAACAAUGCAGUUGGGUUGACUACCAUGAUCUCUACUGUUGGUGUUGACUCAAUCCUCAUCCUCCUUUCUUACAUUUUGAUUAUUAAGACUGUCCUCAGCAUUGCAUCCCCAGAAGAGAGGAAGAAAGCCUUCAGCACAUGUAUUUCCCAUAUUGGGACUGUUGCUAUUUUCUAUUUUCCAUUGAUCAGUCUGUCCUUUGUUCACAGAUUUGGGAUGAGCCCAGCCUAUGUUCAUACAAUGAUUGCUAACACCUACCUCCUGAUCCCUCCUGUAAUGAACUCCUUCAUCUAUAGUGUGAAGACCAAACAGAUACACAGAGCUAUGAUAAAAAUUCUCCAUUCCAAAGAUACAUAGAAUCAUAGAAUUCUAGUGGUCUACAUUAUGAAUUUAAAAACAAAACUUGUGAUCAUGAAACAAAAAUUUAAAAUUAAAUCUGGAAUAUAUGUAAAACAUCAGCUACCUUGACCCUUUAUUUUACAGAUGAGGAGACAGAGACUUGAAGAUAGAAGGGAUGAAUGGUGUAAAGUCCUAAGUCUAGAAUUUCUCCCACCCACCACUGUUUGUUCUGAACUGUUUAUCCUGCCAACAGACUAUAUCUUCUUACUUGGUCCUCUUUAUAGCAGUUAGAAUGACACAUUAUGAGAAAGCCACUCCUUUAUGAGAAAUAGGUAGUAUUUUCUUAACUGUAAUAAUAAUUUUUACUAACAGGGGCGCCUGGGUGGCUCAGUCAGUUAAGCAAUUGACUCUUGCUUUCAGCUCAGGUCAUGAUCUUGCAAUUACUGAGUUCAAGCCCCACAUCAGGCUCUGUACUGACAGUGCACAGCCUGCUUGUGACUCUUUCUCUUUCUCUCUCUCU